CCCGACAGGGAGCAGUGUAGAAUGGUCUCGUGAAAAAUGGAAACUGGACCUCUGAAAAACACUCCAGAUGUGACAGAGUACAGACAAUCCGCAUCAACAUCAACACAAGAUGACACUGUGGCUAGAUCAGAAACAGGCACAGGUGCAGACCUCAGGAGCACUGCCCACAGGAGCGCUGCUCCCCAGGUCAGUCAGGCCUUCCGACCAGAUGACCCUCCAUCCGCUGCAGCCAGCAUUACCACGACCACCCCUCAGCUGGAGCCAACUUUCAUCACACUACCGUCAGACAAUGUGCAAGGUUGUUCAGUAUCCCAGUAUGACCUGUCAAACUCAUCUCAAACUUCAGAGGGGAAUCCCGGACAUCGUGGCUGUGUUUCACAAGCAUCUCUUAGCAUCAGGAUCAAGCAACUCAAUGAAGGGUUUGAGGAAAUUGGCACACUCCAUAAAGCAGAAGAACUCCUAAAAAGACACAACCAUGUGACAGUUUGUGGAGCUCCCGGCGAUGGAAAAACAAGCAUUGCUCUCAAGAUGUGUGAGAAAUAUCUGCGAAAGAAAUAUGAAGUUGUAUUUGUUGAAAACGUUGAAGAGUUUCAAGAAGAUACAAUAAUUCAGCGACAGUGUCACAUGCUGAUUGUGUUUGAUGAUAUAUUUGGUUCUGGACCAUUUCCGUCCAAUGUGCAGAAAAUCAAGAAGGUGUUGGCCAGACUGGCUGAUGUUUUAGUAAACAUCUCAGUUCAAAUGGUAGAACAGGACAAGAAGAAGCGAGAGCAGAAAAAACUAAAUGCAGACAAGAAGAAAAAUGAGUCUUUGUCUGCUGCAGAUGCAAAAAGCCUCUACAAAGUCCGCUUCAUCUUUACAUCUAGAACAUACAACUGGAAUGAAGGAUGCAGCAGACUUCACCAGUUCAAAAUAAAUCUCUUCAACCCUGAGAGUGUUAUCGAUUUGGCCACAACUACUCUGACUACUGACGAAAGGAAAUCUAUAAUAAAUUCAUUCUUGAAAAGAAAUCAAAUGUUUGACAUCUCCAGUCAGGACAAGAACACAAUUACACAGUUACAAGACAACAUGUUUGGGUUUCCACUCAUCUGUCAACUUUUCUGUACCAACCCAGCCUUCCAGAUGCACAAAAUUACUACCUUCUUUCAGAACCCUCUGACCUAUCUGAGAGGUGACCUUGACGCAAUUAUCCGUGAAGGUAGCAGCAGAUCGGCAGCCCUCGUUCUCCUUGUCCUGUGUGGGGGAAAGUUGGACCUUGUCUCCUUCAAGUCGGGGACAAGAUGUGAAGCAUUGUUUCAGGUUGUAAAGGAGGAAAUACCAUCCUGCACUCGUACAGACAUCGGUAAGGAGAUCAGCAACUUUACCGGCACCUACUGCACAGUAGAGAAUCAUGUAGCCUCCUUCUCUCAUCCAUCCAUUCACGACGCCGCAGCAUGUGCUUUGGGCCAUCUCAAUGAAGUGUUGUUACUGGAACAUUGUUCUCUGCAGUUCCUAUCUGAAAGAGUCAGACUUAACAGGGAUGAUGGCUUUCACUCAACCCACACUGAUGAUGUCACAAACAUGAUUUACAUCACUUCCAGUCUACAUCCAUUGGUGAUUACCAGAUUGGUGCAAGGUGUCCGAGAGGGGUGUUUUAGAUGGACAGUUGGUCACCCUAUAUUCAGCAACGUCCAAAUAGCCUCCUCCUUCUUGACAGAAAUGUCAGACCUGCCAGAUGUUGUUCACAGAAAAGAUACGAGCUCCGGUGAAUGCUUUCUGUAUUGGGUCUCACUUUCAACCAACCAGUCACUGUUUGAAUGCUCAUUGUCACUGAUGUGUAGAGAGAGAGGCCUUUCAAAUUCUGUUGUCACUGACUUCUACGAUAGUAUCAUAGGCUGUAUACAGAGUGGCAAUCUACUGUAUCUUCAGCUUAUUGCUGCUGCACUCAAACAGCGUGACAGAUUUGAUGUAGAUUACAGGACAAAGGGCCACAAAACACUGCUGAUGGUUGCUGCUGUUGCAGGACAGUUGAAUGUGUUCAACUUCCUACUGAAAGAGGGAGCUGAUGUUUCAGCGACAGACAAUCGACAUUACAACUGUCUUCAUCAUUCAUGUAAAUCGGGGAGGCAGGAUAUAGUAAAAGUUCUUGUUAAACAGUUUCAACAUCUGAUCAAUGUUGGUGAUAAAGAUGGAAACACCCCCGCAAUUGUAUGUGCUGUGUCAGGGCAAGUGGAAAUCCUCAAACUUCUCGUUUCACACGAAGCAGAUUUAACUAAGACGACUGAGUAUAACAGGCUGAACAUAUUUCAUAUAUGAUGUAUCCAAGGUCAUGCUUCAGUCGUAGAAUAUUUGCUGACAUGUGAAAACAUAACCCUAGAUAAGCGAGAAAGUCAGGGACAAACAGCACUGAUGAUGGCAGCAGCAAGAGGACACUAUGAUGUAUAUAAUCUUCUUGUGUUGGAGGGAGCUGAUCUGUCACUGACUGGUGACUACAACACUGACUGCUUGAUGUUGGCAUGUGAGGGAGGUAACAUGUCUAUAGUGAAACACCUCCUUUCCUCGAAAAUAUUUGACAUCAAUAGACAAGGGGUUUUUUUUAGACGGUCAGCUGUUAUGGUCGCAGCAGUGGAAGGACACGAUGUUGUAUAUAAUCUUCUUGUGUCGGAGGGAGCCGAUCUGUCACUGACUGAUGUAGACAACAAGGAAUGCUUGAUGUUGGCAAGUGAAGGAGGUAACAUGUCUAUAGUGAAACACCUCCUUUC